UUAUAAGGUGUUUAUAUAGAACUGAAAAGUUAGAUGUAACAAUAUGUGUAUGCAUUUGAUCAUUAAGUGAUUACUAUGGAGUAAUUAGUAAAAUCAGCUUGGAUCUGACAUUUAAAAUAUAUAGCUAACCCUGGCUCUCUAUCCCAAAGAACUGGGCAUGGAACUGAAGCCCCUAACAAGACAGAGGCCAAAAUAAAUAUACUUGUAUCAUACAGAGAGAAACAAUAUUAUUUCCCUUCAUCAUUACAAGGGACAUAUGUACUGUUACACUCCUAAAAUAUGAUCAAUAAGAAAUUUGAAAAAAUGAACUAAUCCAGUUUGUAAUUUAAUUGCAAAGCAAACAAAUACAUAUGCUUCAAAAAUCCUCCUUGCACUGAAAGAAGCAUGAUGCUAUGUAAGAAUGAAUAUUCAUGACAACACAUCAUCAAGUGUAUAUAGCCUGCUGGCAGUAAUCUGGCUGCUGGCUGCUGGACUCAUCAUCAUUAAGAGACUAUAGUUUCAUAUGCAGUGUCUUACUCACAUGCUUUAAGGAAACAAAUUGCUUUAAUUGUAUUUUUGAUGCUGAAAAGCAUUUAACCCUCAUUCAGCAGUAUAAUAGGUAGAAAGGCUCAGGUAGCCAACUUGGUAGCACACUGUGUGAGUGCAUUGCCGAGAUCAUUGCUGAGCAAAUGAAGGCUGAAGUAGGCAGUUCCCCGUGUGCCGAGUUCCCUGGCAAAAAGAAGAGUCUUAUUGAGGAUUCAAGGGAAGAGAAUGGGCUAUCAGAAGAAUCAUCUGGCCAGAAAACCUCUAUCAAGGAUGAUGGUAGUAAUGAAGGUAUCUGUACUCUGAAUCUCAUAUUUAGCAUCAAGAAUCCUGGUACAAGUGGACUUGCCACCUGCCUUGAGGUCCUAAAGAAAUUUGAAGCUCACAUCAGUCACAUUGAGACCCGACCUGCUGCAAAGUGGAAAAACAAAGGACAUGAUCUGGAAUGUUUUGUCAAAUGUGACCUUCACAGUUCCUAUGCGACCAUGUUGGUUGCUGAUUUGGAUAAAGUUGCAGAUGAUGUGCGGACAGCCACAGAGGAAAAAGUUCCUUCUUUUCCAAGAAAACUACAAGACCUGGAUAAGUGCCAUCAGCUAAUUAUUAAAUAUGACCCUCAUUUGGAUCAGGAUCACCCUGGAUUUGGUGAUCAGGAAUAUAAGAAACGUAGAACAUUCUUUGCAGAGCUGGCAUUUAAUUACAAAAAUGGAGACAUCCUUCCAAGGGUGGAGUAUACAGUGGAAGAAACUGCUACUUGGAAGCAAGUUUACAAAACCCUACGCAACCUCUAUCCAGAUUAUGCAUGCAAGCAGUACAUAAAUUCCCUGCAACUGUUGGAGAAAUAUGGCAUUUUUAGAGAAGAUUCUGUUCCUCAACUUCAGGAUGUGUCAAACUUUUUGAAAGAAAGAACAGGAUUUACACUGAGACCAACUGCGGGAUUAUUAAUUGCAAGGGAUUUCCUGGCCUGUCUUGCAUUUCGGGUGUUUCCAACUACUCAGUACCUCAGGCACCCCUCGGCUUUUAUGCAUUCCCCUGAGCCGGACUGCUGCCAUGAAAUGCUAGGACAUAUUCCCAUGCUGUCUGACAAGGAGUUUGCACAGUUCUCCCAGGAUAUUGGACUUGCUUCACUUGGAGCUUCCGACGCUGAUAUAAAGAAACUUUCAACUCUCUACUGGUUCACCGUGGAGUUUGGGCUCUGCUGGCAGAAUGGAUCAAUAAAAGCCUAUGGAGCAGGGCUUCUUUCUUCUUAUGGAGAGCUGCUGUAUGCUUUCACAAAUAAGCCGGAGUACAGGCCCUUUGACCCAGAAAUGACAGCAGAUCAGCCUUACCAGGACACAACCUUUCAGUCUGUCUACUUUGUGUGUGAAAACUUUGAAGACUCCAAGGAAAAACUUAAAGAAUACGCUAUGAAAAUGAAGAGGCCCUUUUCUAUUCGUUAUGAUUCCUUUACCGGAAGUAUUGAAGUUCUGGAUUCUCUUCAAAAAGUCAAGGACUCAUUCAGCAAUAUAAAAGCCGAGCUGAGGAACUUGUCCUUUGCACUUGGCAAAAUCUGCCAAAAUGAAUAGAGCAUAGAAAGAAAAAACAGGAGUGCAGCUCCUACAGCUAUAACUCACACGUUAUGUGAUCAGUUAUCCAGAAAGCUCCAAAUUAAUGGAUGGCCAUCUCCCAUAGACUCUAUUCUAAUCAAAUAAUUACAUUUUUUUUUUUUUUUAAAUGAUUUCCUGUUUCUCUGUAAUAAAACCAUGCCUUGUAACCAAUGACAACUUAGAUACAGGUAUCUCUUAUCCGGAAACCCAUUAUCCAGAAAGCUCCGAAUUACGGAAAGCCCGUCUUCC